AUGAAGCCCCAGUCGAUGCUCCCCGUCGCCGCGGCGCUCUUCCUGGCCGCCCACGGCUGUCUUCUCCCCGAAGAAAUCGAAGCCGAGCGCCAUCUCGCGUGGCACGGGCAGUACCCCGACACGCUGCUUCGCCUGCGCCAGAGACAAGCCGUCGCAAAGGACACGGGCAUGCCGGUCGGCACCGGCGACCGCUUCGCGCACGGCACCGUCGCGCCGCGCGGCCUGGCCACCGCGGACCGCGACAUGCGCACCCUCCUGACCCCCGCCGAGGUGACGUCGGGCCUGCGCGCGCUGGCGCGGCACUACCGCGACGUGCGCUUCUUCGACGCGCCGCACCCGACGCACGAGAACCGCACCGUGUCGGGCAUCGUCAUCGGCGCCGCCGCGCCGCGCGUCUACCUCGAGGCCGGCAUCCACGCGCGCGAGCGCGGCGGCCCGGACCACAUGCUCUACUUCCUGGCCGACCUGCUGCACGCGCGCGAAACCGGCGCCGGCGUCCGCUACGGCGCCAGGACCUACACCCCCGAGCAGGUCCGCGCCGCGCUCUCCGCGGGCAUCGUGUCCAUGCCCAUGGUCAACCCCGACGGCGUGGCAUACGACCAGGAGACGGGGUCCUGCUGGCGCAAGAACCGCAACGACGGGAGCGCCACGCUGACGCCCGCCGGCGCCGUCGGCGUCGGCGUCGACCUGAACCGCAACUUUGACGCCCUCUGGGACUACCACAAGUACUUUGACCCGGCCAUCCCCCCGCCCGCUUCCACCAUGCCCGCGUCGGAGAGCUUCCGCGGCACGGCGCCGUUUUCCGAACCCGAGUCCCGAAACGCGGCCUGGAUCGCGCAGCAGCACCCCAGCCUGACGUGGUUCCUGGACCUGCACUCCAUCGCCGGCGACGUCCUGUACGCCUGGGGCGACGAUAACCCGCAGACGACGGAUCCCUCGCAGAGCUUUACGAACCCCGCGUGGGACGGCAAGCGCGGCGUCAUCGGCGACGGCCCGACCGGCGCCGUCUACAAGGAGUACAUGGAGGCCGCGGACCUCCAGGCGCAGCGCGACACCGCCGCCGCCAUGGCCGCCGCCAUGAAUGCCGCCGGCGACGGCACCACGGUGCACUUUGUCCCGCUGGAGGAGGCGUCCCUGUACGCCACGUCGGGCGGCUCGACCGACUGGUUCCUGGGCCGCUACUACGGCCACACGUGCGGCUCGAACCGCAUCAAUGGCCUCGCUAUCGAGUUUGGCAGCGACAGCGGCCUGGACUGCCCCUUUUACCCGACUAACCCCCAGUUCCACAACUCGAUGCGUCAGGUGGCCGCCGGGCUCAUGGAGAUUGUCCUCGCGGCUGCCGGCAAGAACGGCGAGCCCAAGAUUUGGAAGUGCUAA